GUCUGACCUGUCUUAGGGAUACCUUGAUAUUGUGAGGUGGCUUUGUGAAUCCGGAGGUGCCGCCGAAGCUUCCAACGGUGUCCGAGGUGUAGAUAUGCGAAGCAACGGUGGCUGGACCCCCCUAAUGAAUGCUGCGUCCAAGGGACACUUGCCCGUGGUACUGUAUCUAUUGACGAAGCAGAAUGCCGACCCCUUCGUCCGGAACAAUUGGGGUGAGACGGCUUACGAUGUCGCUGCUGCUGUAUUUGAAGUCUGGAUCUGCGAGGUCUUGCAAAAGGCCGAAAUUGAGAACUGGCGCAACAGGCACAUACCCUAUAACCCAUUGUCUGUCCAUACCACAGUGCCACUCGUGCUGUACGAGAACCAGCGCCUCGAUCUGCGGUUCAAGACGUUGGCUGUAUCAGGCGGGCGACCGCGAUUCUCGGCUUCUGGGUUGGGCAGGCGUGGCCGUCGAGCCCCGUUCGAGCUGCGCUUUCCCAUACCCGAGCACAGUACUGGGAAGAAAGAAGUUGCCGCAUGGCGGAGCGACGUGCAACUGCCGCUAAGGGAGGAUCCGUGGACGGUGCCCAGGCCUGGCUCUUCGCGGGAAGGCACAGAAAGGAGCCAUUUCUGGUUGUCGGACUGGACACUCGACGUCACGCACCCGGGCGUGGACGCGGAUGAUGGGUGGCAAUACGCCCAUUCCUUUGAUGAUCCCGACGAGGCGUGGACCGCCGAGCUGCCUCCUCAGCUCGAGCGCCUGCUCGAUGGCAAUGGCGCUGUCAGCGCGGGUUUCGGCGGCAGUAGAUCUCGCAGUGGCAGCGCCGCGAGUUCUAGCUCGAGGUCCCCCAGCAACUCCUCGGGGUCGCAGAACUGGGUCCGACGCCGGCGCUGGGUGCGGGUCAUGCGACGACGCUUGGAUAUCCCACCUCUGCCGUUCCUGCAGCCUGAUGGCCAGCUGUAUCAUUUGACGGCUGAGGGGACGCUUAUACCUUACGUUGAGAAUGAUGACGAUAACUUCAGCGACGGCGACGGACAAGAGCUGAGCUCGAUGCCGAGAAGUGGACUGUCUGGCCAAGAUUACGUGGCGCGUGCUCGGUACCUUGCAGGUACUCAGUACAGCGACUCUGAUAGCCCCAAUGGCACGCAAUCCGCCUUGGAUGCUCGGAGGUCGAUUGCCAAGCUGGAGCGUGCUACUAGUGAAUUGAGGCAAGGAAUCCUGGGCGACAUGGACAUCGAGCGCAAGACCCAGGCUGAGGUUCUACUGAAUGCAUAUAGUCGGGAACUAGACAGACGGAGACUCGCAGCUGGGGCGCAGGGCCUGUUCUCGGCCGGAGACGAUGACGAGGACUAUGAGGAUGACGACUCCGACGAAGAGUUUCACUACCCCGGCUCAGAAGUCCCCGAUACGACCCGGGCUCCGUCAAUACGAUCUACUACCACAUACUUCCGCCGGAUAGGCUCUCGAGGACCUACUGACCUUACGCCACACCUGGCACAAGCUCCUGACUUCCGGGUGCCUACGCAUGAAGCUCCUCAGAAGGUCUUGACACCUAGAUGGACACCACCGACUCCGCACCAAGUCCACGCUCAGUGGGAAAGAGACGAUGCUGUCGGCGAGUGCCGCGAGUGCCGUCGCAGAUUCACCUUCUUGAACCGAAGACAUCACUGUCGUCGUUGUGGUCGCAUCUUCUGCGACCGUUGCUCCUCGUGGAGAGCACUCCUCGAUCCCUCGGACGUCGUGCACGACCCUGCAGAUGCAGAGGUAUUGCAUACACCCGCUCUGCAGAGGGUAUGCCAAGUGUGCUAUGAACAAACAACGGCAGUCGUCCCUUCUGGUCUACAUCCCACUCGGACGACCUCCAUGGAACGGAUUGUGAUUGACCAAGCGAGACUGUCGACUCCGAGCCCGUCCCGAGCACAGUCAAGCUCUCAGCUGAGCGAUCUGGCCGAAUGCCCUGUUUGCAAUACCAACCUGGCGGACCUGGGUGCUGCCUCCAAUCAAGAAGCUCACGUCAAACACUGUCUGGAAGGAGGAAGCGGCACCACACCGCAAACGGCCAAGUAUCUGGUCUACAAGCUUCCAGCAGAGAGUGCCCUCAUUGGGAUAGAAUGUGCGAUUUGUCUGGAAGAAUUUGUCGCAGGAUCUACUGUCGCCCGUCUGAGCUGCCUAUGCAGCUUCCACAAUGCUUGUUUAUCGUCUUGGCUACAACGCGGUCGUAGUUGCCCUAUCCACGCCCGCUGAGAGGGGAGGAUAGAUCCUGAUACUUGAGUUACGCUCUUCAUGCCUACUGACGCGUUACGGCCUUUAUGCUAUUGUCAUGAUUAUGGAUGGAUUCCGUAUUGUUACAUCACUAUUACACUGCUACCCUGCGAAAUUACGAAUCGAUAACGACAAUUUCAUUCUUCGCGCGGUAUCGACCAGGGGAUCCUGCUCUGGUCAAUGCGGAUAAUGCUUGAGUAGUCGUCGUAGUCCGGCUCAACGAUGUCUUGGCCCUUGCGGCCGUCGUCUUGGUCGUCUAUGAACCAUGUAGACGGAUCUUCGUCGUCUUCAUCGUCUUCAUAGUCAUCCUCCAGGUCGGAAUCAGAGGGCUUCUGGGA